GUCAGUCAACCGUCUCACGCAGCGACCAAACGCCCCGGAGAGAGGAGAAAUCCGCACGCUCGCUCGCGCUGGCGCGCAGCGCACGCCUCCCGUUCUCUCCUCUAUAUUAUCGCCGACGCGCGCGCGCCACUGCACUAGCACGGCUGCACGCCCUGCACCCGUUGCCACCACCACCGCCUUCUCCGCCGCGCCGCCUCCUCUCGCGUCUCCCGCUCGUGCAGGGCGCGCGUCGUCGGGCGAGCUGCUGCCGUCUCCGUGGCCGUGGCUGAUCAGAACUAGUUGGCGUUCGAUCGGAAAGUCGCUGUCUUUUGGCGACUCGGUGAGAAUUUGCGCCGCGGUUCAAUGUGAAAAAUUUUGGCCCGUGGCGAGUUGGAUUUGGCGCCGAGUCCAUUCAGGUGGUUAAGACUUGUUCGUGGGAGAGCGAAGCUGCGCGCGUUAAGACCGGGCUCCGUUCUUGCAUCGUGCAGAGCAGCUGCUGGUUUGAGAAUUGAGAGGCGCGGUUGACAUGGAGAGUUCCAACCUGGGCGGCGGCGGCGGCGGAGGCGGCGGCGGUGGGCCGCCGCCGUUCUUGAUCAAGACGUACGAGAUGGUGGAGGACGCGGCGACCAACCACGUCGUGUCGUGGGGCCCCGGCGGCGCCAGCUUCGUCGUGUGGAACCCGCUCGACUUCUCCCGUGACCUGUUGCCCAAGUACUUCAAGCACAACAACUUCUCCAGCUUCAUCAGGCAGCUCAACACCUACGGUUUCCGAAAAAUCGAUCCUGAGAGAUGGGAGUUCGCAAACGAGGAUUUCAUAAGAGGGCACACGCACCUUCUGAAGAACAUCCAUCGACGCAAGCCCGUGCACAGCCACUCCCUCCAGAACCAGAUAAACGGACCACUCGCCGAAUCGGAGAGGCGCGAGCUCGAAGAAGAGAUCAACCGGCUCAAGUACGAGAAGAGCAUCCUCGUCGCGGACCUCCAGAGGCAGAACCAGCAGCAGUACGUGAUCAACUGGCAGAUGCAGGCGAUGGAAGGCAGGCUAGUGGCGAUGGAGCAACGGCAGAAGAACAUCGUGGCCUCCCUGUGCGAGAUGCUGCAGAGACGCGGUGGCGCCGUGUCGAGCUCGCUGCUGGAGUCCGACCAUUUCAGCAAGAAGAGGAGGGUCCCGAAGAUGGAUCUCUUCGUCGACGAUUGCGCGGCGGGCGAAGAACAGAAGGUGUUCCAGUUCCAGGGAAUUGGGACGGAUGCACCGGCCAUGCCUCCCGUGCUUCCUGUGACCAAUGGUGAGGCUUUUGACAGGGUUGAGCUGAGCCUGGUCUCCCUGGAGAAACUCUUCCAGAGAGCAAAUGAUGCUUGCACAGCUGCUGAAGAAAUGUACUCCCAUGGUCAUGGUGGUACUGAACCCAGCACUGCUAUAUGUCCUGAAGAGAUGAACACUGCUCCAAUGGAGACAGGCAUCGAUCUUCAGUUACCAGCUAGCCUCCAUCCCAGCUCACCCAACACAGGGAAUGCCCAUCUCCAUUUAUCCACUGAACUCACAGAGUCUCCAGGUUUUGUGCAGAGUCCAGAGCUGCCAAUGGCAGAGAUUCGUGAAGAUAUCCAUGUGACAAGAUACCCAACACAAGCUGAUGUAAAUUCUGAGAUUGCCUCCUCCACUGAUACUUCACAAGAUGGCACGUCAGAAACUGAAGCUUCGCAUGGACCGACCAACGAUGUGUUUUGGGAGCGGUUCCUCACAGAGACUCCACGGUCAUGUUUGGAUGAGUCAGAAAGACAAGAGUCUCCCAAGGACGAUGUAAAAGCAGAAUUAGGCUGCAAUGGCUUCCAUCACCGGGAGAAGGUUGAUCAGAUCACCGAGCAAAUGGGGCACCUUGCUUCAGCCGAGCAGACUCUGCAUACCUGAUGCAGUAAUACCAUUUGCGCGGAUUCAUAGUUCGUGUGUAAAUUAGCGAAGAUGUAAAUUAUAGCUUAGAUCGGAUUAGAGGCUUGCGUGUUACUUUACAGAUUUCAACCUUUUAUUAGAUUACAAUAGGUCUUUCACAAUUUAUGAUUCUGUUCUAUCCGCUGACUACUGUGCAUAAAUUUUUUUUAGUAGACCAUAUCCAUUUUUGUA